CGCAUAUAACUGACCUUUGCAGAUUUACUGAAUUGUCACGACUUAGAUAAGAACAGUUGAACAGUGACAAACAUGGGGUUGCUUCACGUUGCUGUUGUUGCCAUUUUGUUGCAAUCAGCUGUUCAAGCUCAGGAUAGGUACUGCAGCAAUUCUCAGUCGUAUAAAGCGUUGUUAAGUGCAAUUGAAAAUAACCCAUGCCUACCUGACUCUCAAGUUUGGCAUCUAUUAAACGGCAUUGGGUAUACUUCUUGCAAACAUCUUGCAGCACAGAUAAUGUAUGACAAAUUUCGACAGUAUGACGUGAGCCAGUGUGGAUGUACAGGACAGUAUUCAUCUUGGCAAUUCUCAUACUCCUUAAAUGAUCAUUGUGAAAGUCAUUUUAAACGACUGCUUGACCAUUAUGGAAAUACAAAUCAUCAUAAUUGUAACUCUCAUCUUUUCUUAUGGAAAGAUCUGCAGCAGAUACCGACGGAUAGACAUGGUCAAUACGAUCGCACUUGUAUAUCUGAUUUGACAAAAAUAUUAGAUACUACUAUGCGUUCAUCACCUAAUAAUUGUCAUUGCGUGGAGACUGGACAUAAUGGACAAUCCGGACAACAAACAAAUCCACCAACUACAGGCUCUCCUGUGUCGACCAUGUUUAUUCCAAAAUCAGUAUAUGCUGGUUGCAACGAUCACACUGCCAACGGAAAAAUAACAGAAUUGUUAAAUGGCCUGAACAGAAGUCCAUGUAUGGCAGAUACCCAAGUCUGGGACUUGAUUUAUAACAUUCGAAAGCCAGAAUGCAGGCAUGCGGCAGCCGAAAUAGUUCAUGACAAACUUCGCAACUUUAACAGAGACCAAUGCGAAUGCAGUGGUUCAUACACCCACUGGCCCUUAAGAUCUUACAAUUAUGAGUCAGAUCACUGUGACAGACACUUUGCUAGUCUUCUAGCGCAUUAUAAAAACUUCCACCUACAUUGUCACACUCAUCUGUUUAUAUGGAAUAAUUUACGCCAGAUUCCGGUUGAUGGUAAUGGUCAAUAUAACUACAAGUGUAUUUAUCAUUUAGCCCUAGAAAUCAAGAAUGCAAUGCAUGCAUCCACAAAUACAUGCCAAUGCAAGAAAAAGACUAUUGUUACAACUGACGCCACAGUUGCAACCACUCAGCCAACUCCAGUACCAACAGUCGCUCAGACUACGGCAGCUACCUGUGAUCCCGUAAAAACCUUGGCUGGUGUUGCUCACAAUACGGUAGUUGGACAGACCUCGAAAUGCAUAGACGGCAUUCAUAGUCCAGCAAUUUACUUUGUUCAGUCUGCUUGCAGCUUAAACUAUCGGUUGUCAGAUUUAUCACCAGGUCAAAAGAUGAAAGAUGUCUGUCAGACUCUCCCACACUACACUGCAGUGGCUCAUUUUGUCGGCAAUGUUUUGGACACUAGUGCGACAAAUAGAGAUGCUGGAAUUUUCAUUGGAUGCGGAACAGACCACUUUAGAGUUGUUACAGAAAAUUGUACUACUAAACUUCACGUAGAGCACAUUCUGUUUACCGACCCGAAAGCAGAUAGUUACUAUGUAAUUAAUCAUCCAUAAAAUAUAAAUAUACAUACAAUGAAGAAAUAAAUGACAAA